AUGGACUCCCAAGAUUUAGUUCUUGUUGGUGUAUGGGAUGAUCGCCCUUGGGCACCCUGGGCACCCGGACCAGGUAUCAAUCCUUUGCCACCAAAGCAUGUGUGGCCUAAGCCACUUACGACAGCCUGCUUUCUCUUGGAGCGUCUCCCCAAAGGUAUGAUCAGACCUUAAGACUAAAUGUAUCCCAACUAAAGCUAACAAUACUAUAGAGAUCAGAUGUGCAACCCUUCGUCUUUUGCUGUACCGCCCUACAGGUUUUGUACCUUUCACUGCGAACCACAGAGUUCGAAGUGGACCCGUACCACGUUAUAUCUACAAAAACAAACAUUAUCCGGGCAUAAACUAUACAAAAGAGUAUGGCUGGAAGGGCUCGAGAGGUUACUAUUAUGACGACGACUAUACUGGUCAUCCUUGGGGUCAUUCGCUUCACCUGUACUCUAAGUAUCCUAGGUGGGAUUGCGGGCCACUCAAGGUUAUCUGGACAACACCAGCCUCUGGAGCACAGCUUCGACUCAUUCGGCAAGCCCGUAAACGUACAGGCGACCGUUUUCCGGAUGUUGACCUUCCUGAUUCCAUUGACCCAGAAACCGGUACGAGCAUGACAAACCUUUUACAUUAUCGACGCGAUGGAAGCAUAGGAGUCAUCCAUAGUAGAGAAGCCGAAGUCACCCCAAUUGCCGGUGUGCAAAUUCUCAGAACCUGCCAAAAGCUCUAUGCCGAGGGCUCAGAAAUACUUUAGUAUGUAGCUUCUUUUCUAUAUCCUGUUAUCCAUCUGUAUAAAGAGCUAGUUCAUUAUCACACAAUGUUCUGGACUCCUGACCCGACAGGAAAAUCACGCGCUAAUCUCUUCCAGUGGCGAAAACCUAUUUGUGUUCAACGGUAUCAGAGAACCAUAUGAAGGCGGCUUCAAAAACUUUCGAAUCGAUGAUGAUCUUACCAGACUUGCAUAUCAUCUCCUUGGAAUAUCACGAGAUCCGACAUUGGUAUCAAGAAACCAAGUUUCUGCGGCUCUUCAGGAACUAUUUAACCCUUCUAUGCCAUGUCCCAAAGUCGUGUCGGAGGCUAAUACGGAUCCGUUUACGCAAUUUAUACCACCACAAGUAUUCCAACCUCCUUUUACAGGAUAUAGCAUUAUUUUCUGGGACUCAUUUCUCGCCUUUUUCAGACAGAUAGGAAUUCAGAACGCGUCCUUGUUGACGAAGAUAAAACUCGAAGGGAUCUUCUAUGGGCAUUGGCCUUUGCCUGGCGAAACCACCGCUCCACUGGAUUUUUCUGACAUGCUUCGGUGUUACGUUACUGUUAUGAGUCACGUAUGUGUCAACCUAAAGAGCCUCACACUACACACGCCCUAUUCACAUGCUCAGGACUACGAUGCAAAAAUGAGAGCAGAGGAGUCUGUAGCAUUGAUUGUUAAUAGCCUUCCUGGACUUCGAAAGAUGAAACUAGGCCAGUAUCGUCAUCGCAAUCUCAAUCAUCAAGACAACUGGGACGAAACGGUAAGAUGGUCGCAGGUGGUCAGUAGACGUGCCCAAGGUCGUCAACAAGUUCCUCAGCGAUCAAUUGAAGACAUCAUCGCGGAGAUCAACAGAGAAGCUCAAGAGUAUCAUGAAGAGACGACAAGUCAAUUCGACGAACUUCCAUUCAAAGAAGCUGGCUGUGUGGAUUACGAGUUUACCUCCAGAUCACAACAGAAGAAGGCGAAUCGCGAGCUUUUUAAACUUAUUGAGUUUCAUCCAACGGCACGAGUCAAGAUCUAUCUUGGACCUGUACUUGGAUAUAAGCCAUUCAAAUGGUCGGGUUGGCAAUAUCCCAAUUACCGAUGGUUGAUUGAUGGCAGCUUUGCAUGGACUAAGCAAGACUGGGAAUCGGCCAGUGCUGCAGAUACUGAGAAAGAUCUUGGUGGAGGAUAUGAAAAUUAUGAAGUAGAUUAUGAUGGCUAA